AUGCUGCUACUGGAAAAGAUGAAUACAAUGAUAGAGAACAAGUACGCCAAGUCGAACUGGAAAAGAAAGAGGUUCGUUUGGAAGUACAGCUUAUACUUCACCGUUUUUUACAUCUGCCUAUCAUUGGGGAUACUUUACACGUUAGCAGUUAGACUUUUAAUUUCGUGGGAUUCGUAUAGCAACCAUUCUUGUCCCUCCUCUAUGAUCCUAUCUGUGAAGAGAAUUUACAUGGUGGUCCUCAUAUUAGUGACAUUGAUGGUAUUUUUAAACUUCCUUUUUUCGCGCCUCACAUUUAUCUACUCCAAUUUUACGAACAGCGAGUUUUUUAACUCAGGCUUUUUUUACGCCCUCGUAGGGUUCAUCAUUAAAUACAUGUCAUGGAUUCUCUCCUUCAUCUACAUCCUCUGGAUUUGUUUCCUUUUUGUAAAUAUGAUGAUAAUAUAUUUUUGGCCGCAAAGGUGGUGUACCUUUAAGUAUAAUACGUACGGGAUGGACGCGCUGAGAAACUGCCUCUUGGUUAAGAACCGGGCCACAGGAUGCGAAAUCGACAAAUCACUGAUCAACCUACGGACCAAAGACAGCUGCAAUGACUACAACAUUUUGAAGGUGCAAAAUUUUCUCUUCCUUACACGAUCAGCUCCAAACCAAGCAUGCACAUUGAAGGAUAAAAAACUAUGUGAAUUUUUUGUCGAUUUUAUUAAAAAUAAGAACACCUCCUGGACUUCCUUCCCGAACUGCUCUGGAAACACCCUCGAUCUUAAGGAAGAAUAUUUCCUCGAAGCGCCCACCAUGAAGAGUGACAUUUACUUAUUUUCCGUAUCUGUAAUAUUUUUCUGGUUUAUCACGACCAUGAUUCUUAUUGCCCUUUUUAUAGUUGUGAGGGUGAGCACACCGGUCGAUUCAUCCUUCGUGGUGAAUGAAGAACGGUUCAACUUUUUUUUCAAGUUUACGCCUGAAGAAAAAAUGGACAAGGCGGAAGGCAAGAGCAGGAGCAUAAGCCGCAUUAUCAAAGAGUUUUACCUAAACUGGAAUUACAGGAGACACAGCUGGAGAAUCAGUUUCUACUACAACUGCCUGGCAAUCUUAACUGCUUUCAGCAUUGCCCUCACUUUAAUAUUCCAGCAACUCAUAAAAUCAUUCAGUUUUUUCGUAAACUAUUCCUGCGAAUAUGAACAUAUAAAUUUUAUUCUUACCGAUUUAUUAAUCUUCCUAAUUUUAAUUAGCUUUAUAAGCAUUUUCGCAUUUUUUUUAUCCAGAAUUUGUUCCAUCCUCUCAAAUUUUACAAUUAACGAUUUUAUGUCGCUAGGCAAAUGGAUCGAAAGGAUAGGCUGUACUGUGAAAUGGUUUCCUUGGGCCUUAGCAAUUUUGAUCAUAUUUUGGUUCGCCAUAAAUAUAUUUAAUUUAGUUACCUUAUAUUUCACCCCCAAUUUGUGGUGUAAAAGGCGCUUAAACAACGUUGCCUUGCAUGUAGUCAACAACUGUAGGUUGUUUGAAGGUAGGACAGCCGCAUGCACCAACGACAUGAUAGACUCCAGUUCCAAUGCGAAGACUGUCAGCCACAUUCGCAAAUGCAACGACUUGGAUUUCCUAAAAAAUCAUAACUACUUUGCAUUCAUUCCAGAUUUGGCAGAUAAAAAUCAUGUAAAAUGCACAUUCAAUAAUAUCAACAUUUGCACACUGUACAAAAGCUUACGAUAUAAUCAGCAAGUAAUGGAGAAGGCAAAAGGGCUGAAAUUAGAAGGCUGCCUGCAGGACCCUCCGUCCGAAGUUGAGGAUUUUUACGAUAAUAAUAUACAGACGAGCGAUUUGUACAAAUACUCUCAAAUCUUUACCAUCGGUAGUAACGUCACUUUUGCGGUCCUCAUGUUUUUUUUUUAUUUUGUCAAACGUACAACGCAGUUCGAUGGGUUAUUUUAUCAGUCCAUAGACAACUCCGAAAUGCUUAUACUGCGCAUCCUACGCCCGCUGACACCGUGGACGUGA